AUGUUCCAUCACUUGGGGGGCAAUAAACCCUGGAUCGAGAAGCGUGGCGGUAUGUCACGCCACGGGGCGCGGUACCCGACGCGAUCAGCCGGAGGCCGCCAGAUUGCGCUCCUCAAUCGCAUCCGCGACGCCAACGUCAAACUGAACGGGAGCCUAUCAUUCCUCAACAACUGGACCUAUUUCACCGACGACCCAUCCACCGACUUCGACCAAUUGACCACCACGGGCUCUGGGCCAGCGACUGCAACCGCGUCAUCCAAACCGCCCGACACUUCGCAUCCGGGCUACUUUUCCGGGUCGUCGUCCCCUUCAGACUGGCAAGAGUCCGGGAAAGCCACCCUCGAAGUCAUCCCCGAGACCUUCGACCGCGGCCCCGACACCCUCACUCCCGGGGACACCUGCCUCCGCUACCUCGAGGACACCGACCACGGCCAUGACUAUGGUAUCCCAAUGCUCGCGCGGUUCCAGCAAGCCUACAUCCCGGCGAUCGCGGAGCGACUACCCACCGAGCAAGGAAACCCCGCGCUGGGGCCCCUGAGCAACGCCGAGGUCUACAGUAUGCAGGAGAUGUGCGGGUUCGAGACGCUGGUGCGCGGGUCGAGUCCCUGGUGCGCGGUGUUCACGCGCGAGGACUGGAAGCAUCUCGAGUAUGCGCGCGACGUGCUGCAUUAUUACCGCGCGGGGCCCGGAAACCCCUACCCCCGGGUGAUGGGAUGGCUUUGGCUGAUUGCUACGACGGGUCUUCUGAGGUCGGGGCCCGAUGCUGGGACGUUGUUCUUGAUGUGCAUGAUGGAGAUAUCGCGCCCUUUCUUGACGGCCUUGAAGAUCAUGGCUGAUCCGAAGUAUGAUCCGGAGCUCCCGGUUCCUCAUAUGGUUUCGGAACGGGUCUGGCGCACCUCGUCGGUGAUGCCCAUGGGUGGGCGGGUUGUCCUGGAGCGGAUGACGUGCUCGUCCGGGGAUGAGGGUGCCCGUGGCGAUGCUGGGAAUACCUUCCUUCGAGUAGUCAUCAAUGAGAAGGUAACGCCGCUGCCAUACUGUAAAUGCGGGCCGGGGUUGUCUUGUCCUUUGGUGGAUUUUGUGGGCUAUGUUGACAGGAUGCGGUUGGAAGUAGGAGAAUUCGGCGCUGUGUGCGGUCUCGAUGGGGAUUCUGGACAGGUUACUUUCCUGCGGCAGGACUGA